AUGUUUUGUGCAAUCAGCGGCCGGCCACUGAAAUACGCCGUUUUUUCGCCGAAAUCCAAGUGUGUCUUCGAAAAAUCUCUGAUAGAAAGCUAUGUCCAAGAAAAUGGAAUCGAUCCAAUUAAUAAGGAAGCCUUGAGUGUCGAAGAACUUAUAGAAAUAGCCCAAACUUCGGAGCAGUAUGCAAUGUCGAACUCAUUGAAUUCUUCCACUUUAAAGGUAAAUUAUAGUAUUCCUAAUCUACUGUCAUCCCUACAAGAUGAGUGGGAUGCUAUCGUGCUGGAAAAUUUUCAGCUGAGGCAGCAGCUCGAAGCAAGCAAGAAGGAAUUAUCAACGGCUUUAUACCGAUGUGAUGCUGCUAUGAACGUUGCUACGCGAGCAUCCCUUGAGGCUGAAAAUCUGAAACAAGAGCUGAGCAUCUUGACCCAGAACUUGGCGCCGGCUCAAGCGAUCAAGGCAGAUUCUAAUAAUGAAGAAGCCACGGAUAAGCUAGCUUCAAGCCUAAUGCAAGAAAUAAUUAGAAACUCGCAAGAGUUUGCUAAAGCCAGUCGUAAAGUCAAAUUUCAACCUCUUCCGUAUCUUCAUUAUACCGCUGACACUGAAGUGAUCGCAAAUAUUUCACCGAACGGCAAAAUUGAAUCUGCUUUUGUGAACGGAAAUAUCGCUAACGGCAAACUCGUUGCAUUCCACAGCGCCGAGGGUUCCUGUAAUAUAAUCUCUUCUUCAACACUUGAGACGGGAUCAUUGAAAUCGCUUCUAAAGCAAAAUGAAUACCUCAACUUUGCUGCUCCCUUGAGUGCUACACAGGUACUGUUCGGAACAAAGUCAGGCAAGCACGGAGUCUAUGAUUUAGUAGAUCAACAAGAAGUUUUUACCGUACUGCAGAAUGAUGACGAUAGUGAAGUCGUUAUGGUUUCCUGGAUAAAGGAGAUAAGUGAGCGAGCAUACGUUGUAGUUAAUUCUAAUGGUCUGGUGUCCUUAGCAGAUACUGUAGACCAUAGAGUGGUAGAUUUGAAAGCCACCAACUUUCGCACAACAUUCGCGCAUUUACACAAGGACGGGCUCUUACUUCUUCAGGGCAAUGAUAAGAAUCUAAUCGUUCAAGAUUUGACAGACGUCGCUAAAGCACCAAUAGAGUAUGCUCAUGACGUUGAGGUCGAGGGACCAAUAUUAUCAGCUAAGUUUGCUUCUAAUGGCUAUUGGCUGGUACUAGCUACCGCUAGCUUGCUGAAAAUAUUUGAUCUCAGAAAAAAGCCCAACACGCUGGCAACAGAAACUUUGGUGUUCACCGACAAAAGUUUAGUGGCAUGGGAUCUUGAUCCUAGUAUGAAAGUCCUGUAUUUGGUGUUCAAGGAUCUUGAAAACACUGACCAAUGUACUCUCUGCUGUUAUGAAUAUAACAAACCAUCAAAAAAAUGGGCUCUGAAAAAGUCAAUUACAGAGUUUUUCAAUGAUGUAAGCAACUUGGCGUACAUAUGGGACUCGACUGCGGGUUAUAUCAAAGCUGUAACGAGUACCGCGUUGGUGGGUGCCAAACUCGAUUAG